UUAAAAUCAAAAUGUAUGUUGAUGUUGAACGGUGCCAUUUUCUGAUGUGACAUUUGUCUAUUCUCUAUUUAAUUUUCUUCUCUUUUUUCUGUUUCCCCUAGUUUCUUCCGUGAACGUUGUAAAAUAAUCAAUCAAGUUCAAGUCACUACUAACUCAUCCAGCUCGCUUUCGCCGUUCCCGGGGAGACUUUGGAUAGACUCGGCGGAAAUAAGCAGCAGAUUUUUUUGUUCUUGGUGUUCAUGCUUAUUUGCAGUGUUUAGAGUACAUACUCGACAUAUUUAGUCAUGGUGAAAAGGAAAAGUCAAGCUGUCAUUGACUCCGACAGCAGCAACAGCGACAGUGCCUCUGAUUCAGAAUUUUUGUCAUUAGCAAAGAAGAAAAAAGGCAUUAACAGUGAUGCAGGUGAAUCUAAUGGUAAUGCAGAAUCGAAGAAGCAAGCUGUAGAUGCCUAUUCUGAUUCCGACACCUCAUCAGGUUCUGAUGGUGAUUGGGAUGCCAGAGGAAAAACGAAAAAGAAAAAGAAGAAAACUGCCAAAAGAACCAAUAAACGGACCAUCACAAGGUCUUCAUCAGAUUCGGAAGAUGAUGAAGUGGAGGAAAAGAAAGAUUCAAAAGGAAAAGACUCGGAACCAGAAGAGGGAGAAGUUUCGGAUUCUGAUGGCAGUGAGUAUGACUCGUCUGACUUAAGUCAAGAAGAAUUUAAUGAUGGUUAUGAUGACCAAAUGAUGGGAGAUGAAGAAGAUCAGAAAAGAUUGGCACAGAUGACAGAAAAGGAGCGUGAACAAGAAAUUUUCAAGCGAGUUGAGGCUCGAGAAAUCAUGAAAACACGAUUUGAGAUCGAAAAAAAAUUACGUCUUGCCAAAAAACGAGAAAUGAAGAAUAGUGACAAGAAAGAAUCGCUCAAAAAAUACGACAAACACCAACUCUUGGAUGCAAAGGAAAGGAGUAAAGAUAGAAAGAAGACCAUAGAGGAAAACAGAGGAAAGCAGGAUAAAAAAGCGCAAGCAAUGAAUCUCCUCAAAGCUCGCAGAGAAGAAAAGAAAGAAAGAGAGGAGAAAGAAAAGCAGCAGAAGGCAGAAAAAGAUAAGCGGAAGGAAGAAGAAGAAGAAGGAAAAGAAGAGGAUGAGGAUGAUGACAAAGAAAAAAGAGAAAAUGAAAAAGCCAACAAAACCAAACUCAAGGCCUCAGAUAUUUAUUCAGAUGACAGUGCAUCAGACUCUGAUGAAAAGCCGAAGUCUUCAUCAAGCAAACAACCUUCAAAAAUCAGAGCUAGAAGCAGUUCAUCAUCAUCACGCAGUUCCAGUGAUUCAGACUCCUCCAGGGCCAGCAUCAAGAAAGAAAGGAAGAUAGAGUUCAUAUCUAAAAGAGAAGAACUAAACCAAAUCAGGCUUUCCCGGCACAAGAUGGAACAGUUUGUUCACUUGCCUUUUUUCAAUCGUGUUGCCCAAGGAUGCUUUGUCAGAAUAGGAAUCGGUAAUAAUUUAAAUGGCAAACCAGUGUACAGGGUUGCAGAAAUAAUCGGAGUGGUUGAAACAGCCAAAAUCUAUCAACUAGGAGGUACAAGAACGAACAAAGGAUUGCGAUUAAGGCACGGAGCUCAGGAAAGAGUGUUCCGGUUAGAGUUCAUCAGUAAUCAAGAAUUUACAGACAGUGAAUUUAUGAAGUGGCGGGAAACUUGUGCACUUCAAGGAAUCUCUCUACCAACCACUGAUGAAAUUGACACAAAACUUAGAGACAUAAAAGAAGCUCUAAUGUAUGAAUACAAAGAAGAAGAUGUUGAAAAAAUUGUAAAGGAAAAAGAGCGGUUUAAGCAGAAUCCUUAUAACUACGCAAUGAAGAAGACACAGCUCAUGAAAGAAAGAGACAUGGCUCAAGCAAGGAAUGACACAGAGGAAGCUGGCAGGCUUCAAGUUAAAAUUAAUGAAUUGGAAGAACGAGCAAAGGAACUAGACAAACUGAGAACAAGCACAAUUUCCAGUAUAAGUUACAUUAACGAUAGAAAUAGGAAAAAGAAUGUUGAAGAAGCUGAAAAAGCAAUUUUGGAAGAAGUAAGAGCAAAUAAAGGAAAGAAAAUAGAUGAUCCUUUCACCAGACGUAGCACAAAACCUACAAUGUCAUUUAAAGCAAGAGAUGCGGAAGAAAAAGCAGCAGCUGCAGAGGCCGCAAAAGCUGAAGAGUUAGCACGCAUAGCUGCAGAAGCUAAAGAAAAAAGCAAAGCAAAUGAAAACAUGCCUCUAGACAGCAAUAGUAGUCAAGAUAAGUCUAGUAAAAAUAAAACAACGAAAACUGAUGAUCUUUUUUCGGCACAUGACUUUGAUAUCAAAAUAGAUCUGGAAGUUCCCAUACCUUCAAAUCCAGUCAGUAUUACUCCCAAGCACUCAGUGUCGAUGAAGGACAAUGGACCAAGGAGAUCACUAAAUUUAGAAGACUAUAAGAAAAAGCGCGGACUCAUUUAGGAACGCCCUCAGCUUAAGAUGAACUCCUAGUGUACACUUCUUUCCUUUUCUAAGAUGAAAUGUUCUUUGUUUUCUGUGUAGAGUUACUUGAUGUAGUGCGUGCACUAUUCUUCCUUUUCUUUCAAACAAUGGAGCUCAAGGGUCAAUACACAAUAAUGGGAUUAACAAGUGUCCCAGGCAUGCGACUCCAUAGUUAAUUUUGGUGGAUCCAAAAAAUUUGUUGUCUCUUGAAAUAGUUUCAAGUUUUCAAAUAUUUGAAAGUAAGAAAAAAAAUCAUAGAGUAUGUUCUCUAAUUUGGAAUUUUUACCUGUUUUUUCAAAGAUUCAACCGCAGAAACAGGUCUAAUUGGUUACUUAACUGGUUUAACUGGAUUCAGAAGUGGUUUUGUAGUCAAUGAGAUGAACUUGAUAAUCAGCAAAGUAUGAAGAGUUACUAAUCUGAAAGGAUUAUGUGUCACUGGUUAAAACCUAGACUUGAAACUCCUGCUCUUGUUUUGCUUGUAAAGAGCUCAAUGUUUUCAUGAAAAAAUAAUUUAUUUGUAAAAAUUUAGUAUCCUUUGAUUAAGUUAUAUUAUUUCUUUCCAAAAUAUUUAUAAGUUUACUUGAAAUUCAAUUCAGGUAAUAGGUACCUUGCACUAAAGUCAAUCGAACCCAAAUCAAAUUUUUGUGACACAGCUCCAAAAUGAUAUCAUUAAUAAUUCUUUGUAGCGUACCCGAUCAGUGUGGAUACGCAAAUUUAUACUUCUUUGCUUUUUUCAAAACUGUGAAUGUUUAGUUUUCAGACUCAUGUUUCAACUAAAGAUCUGAAUUUAGUAUUCGUGCAUUCUUGUGGGGAUAGCAGCAGAUAAGUGUUUUUCUGCUCCAGAUAAUUUAUUUGUAAACAACGAGCAGAUAUAAAUAAGCUGCUAUAUGUGAGCAUCAACCAGAAUCUGCCUAACUGCAGCUUGUGUCCCUCAAUAUCUUCUCGAUUUUAUUGUUGUUAUAGAAAACGAAGCAACAUAACAUCAUGAAACUUUGUAAAUUUCCUUUAAUUGUCGCCAGGAGUGCAGAACAUCUGUGACUGAAUGACUAAUUUGGUUGCAGUUGAUCGCUGAAGAAGUGUGAAGGACCCCGAAAAAGAAUUUUUUAAACGCGUUAUUAUUGCAGAACAAAACUGCUGAGCACAUUACUUUUAGAGAAGGGAACUGUCAACUGUGUGUUUUAUGCAAAAAAAAAAUGGUGAAGUUUCAUGUGGACAGCAAUGUUCAAGCUGAUUCCAAAAAUGUAAAAUGUAAGAAGGGUGCCUCAAUAAAUGUGGAGUCAAAAUACUCGCAGCACCUCUGAGGGCUAUAUUCGUAGUUGCUCCUGAAUCAGUUCCUUCCCUUUGGAAGGCCCCAUAUGGUUUUUAUCUUGACUUUGGGAGGUUUGAGGAGGCUCUCAACACAGUAUCAUAAAAAGGAUGAUGGGCUACCAGACAAAGUCUGAAAAAAGCGGCGUGGAGCGCCGGGACAUGGGUUUUGACAUGAUGGAUUUUUGACCACUAACCGGAAAACUUCCUACCACUAGGGUGCCCUCACCGGAUGAGCAAGCAAAAGCCACUUACUGUGUUCUAUUGGUAUCACCCGGAGAAAUUAGGUAAACAAGGAAAUCUUGGACAUGCAGGACAGUUCGAGUUUACGUGAUAGUAAAGCACUGUAAUAUUCAAGUGCAUUUGCAUUUGGCCUGAAGUACCUAGCAUUGUGAUGUUACCUGCAACAUGCAGGGGACAAAAUAAUUUGUAAUUUGCAUUCGGAAGAAAAUCUUAACGAACCCAAUUAGGUAGGUCUUUUUUUGUUGUGUAUUAACGGAUAAACAAUUGCUUGUCACUUCAAAUCAGUUUAUAGUCGAAAUGUGUAAUAUUCCUAAAUUUUAUUGGCGGCAAAAUAGAGGUCUAAUUACGAUUGAGGGUUGACCGCAGCCUGACUUUUCUCCUUCUUGUUUCUAUGAAAUAAAAAUCAGUACUUUAUCUUAUACUGCUCGAUUUUUAUUCAUCAGAUGGAUCCAUUGUUGUUGUUUUGUUUUCAAAGAUUGAACCCGUCAAUGUCACCUUGGUGGAAAGAAGUUUUCCAGUUAGCGGUCAAAAAGUUAUCUGGUAAAGGCACCUUAAUGGUACUUAAAGAAUUUUCAAGAAAGGA